AUGGCAGCUGUUACCAAAAAUGUGAUAGUCAUGGCUUUGUACUUCUCCAUCAACUACAUCAAUGGCUCCCUUGUUCACACCUUUUUUAGGCAUGAGAUUUUUAGUGAGAAUCCUCGUUACGUCCUCUUCAUACACAUGGUUAUAAAUGACAUGAUCCAACUAACUAUAGCAAUGGUGAUGCACGUCACCUCCUACAUCUUCUACACAAUCAAUGUCUCUUUGUGCUGCUUCCUUCUAAUGAUUGCGGUGUUCACCACACUCAACAUGCCGCUCAAUCUGGCCAGCAUGGCUGUGGAACGCUACAUUGCAAUCUGCAACCCGCUACGCCACGUGCAGAUCUGUACAGUGCGCAGGACCUACAUCAUAAUUGGCCUGAUCUGGUUGAUGGGCGCUAUCCCAAUCCUCCCCGACCUGUUCUAUCUCCUCGCCACCCAGCCCAUGCAGUUCUUCAACUCUCGCAUCAUAUGCGGUCGAGACACUCUGUUCUAUGACCCAUACUUGAUAGAGAAGAAGAACAUCUCGCACAUGGUCUAUCUGUCCUUCGUGUGGCUCAUUCUGGUCUACACCUACUUCAGGGUCACGUUUGCAGCCAGGGCCGCUGGCUCAGAUGCCAGAAAGGCUCGCAACACGAUCCUACUGCACGGCGUGCAGCUACUGCUGUGCAUAUUUACCUACAUUGGCCCACUCCUCGAGGGCUUGCUCGUCUUGCGCUUUCCCGCGUUUGCACUGGACCUAAAAUUCAUGAACUAUAUCUUUGUUCACAUCCUACCGAGGUUCAUAAGUCCUAUUGUGUAUGGCUUGAGGGAUCAGAUGUUCCAUAAGUAUCUGAAAAGGCAUUUGUUGUGUAAUGUGCAGAAAGGAGGGAUUCAAGGAAAAAUACAGCCCUUCUAA